AUGGCCCGCAAGAUUCUAUGUGUGGCGGAGAAGCCGGCCAUUGCGCGUGCAGUGGCUACGCACUUGUCCGGAGGGUCUUUUCAGACUCAUUCAAUCCGCGGAAAUAAUUAUGUCAAGAACUAUGAGUUCGAGUUCAACUUUGGCGAUCCCUGGGGAAACUGCGCUGUCACAAUGACAAGUGUGAUUGGCCAUCUCACGGGCCUCGAAUUUGAACGCCAGUACAAGGGCUGGACGUCUUGCCCGCCUAGUGCAUUGUUUGAGGCCCCGGUAAAUGAGGACGUUGACAAAGACAAGUUGCCGAUUGCAGAAAACAUUCGAAAUCAAGCCAGGUACAGCAAAGCACUGUUCAUCUGGACCGAUUGUGAUAGAGAAGGAGAGCAUAUUGGUAGCGAGGUCCGGAACCAAGCUAAAAGUGGAAAUGCACGUAUCGAGGUUAAGAGAGCCAAAUUCAGCAACACCGAGAGAGCUCACGUCCUCCGUGCUGCUCGAGAGCCGGUGGAGCUCGAUGAGUAUCAGGCCAAUGCUGUGGCGGCCCGAAUCGAGCUUGAUCUCCGUAUUGGUGCAGCGUUCACCCGGUUGCAAACUCUCCAGCUUCAAGCCGUGGUGGCAGUUUUGAAAGAGAAAGUCAUCAGCUACGGUCUGUCUUUUCCUGAUGCCUUUGAAGUCCGCUUAUCUCAUAUUUCACAGAACUUCAAGCCCGAGACAUUUUGGAGCAUCAAAGUUAUGCUGCAGCGCGAAGGCAAGAAAGUCAAUUUCUUAUGGAAACGCGUCCAUCUAUUUGACCGAGCAGUGGUUACGAUGAUGCUAGAGCGCUGUUUAAUUGCAAAGGAGGCCCAGGUUACAAAAGUUGCACAAAAACCCAAACGCAAGUGGCGGCCCUUGCCUUUGACAACUGUGGACCUCCAAAUGAUGGGCAGUCGAUUUCUCCGCAUGGACAGUCAAGCGAUCAUGAAAAUAGCAGAAGCCCUUUAUACAAAGGGGUUCAUCAGCUACCCAAGAACGGAAACGGAUCAGUUCGACCCGGCUAUUGACCUGAAGAAAUUGGUUGAAAAGCAGUUCCCUGACCCUGAAUGGGGCCAAUAUUCCAAAGAUCUAAUUGAUGGGAAAUUCAGAACUCCCCGGUUCGGCCGUAACAACGAUAAGGCCCAUCCACCCAUCCAUCCAGUAAGCUGGGUCUCAGCGAGCCAGCUCAAUGCCAACGAGAAGAAAGUUUACGAAUUCGUGACCCGGCGGUUUCUCGCUUGUUGCUCCGAGGACGCAUUAGGCCAGGGCACAGAUAUCGAAAUUCUUUACGGUGAUGAAUAUUUCCAUGCCAGUGGUUUGCUUGUGCUGGAGAGGAACUAUCUCGAUGUUUACGUCUAUGAUAAAUGGGAAAGCAGCCAACAGUUGCCCAAAUUCGAACAAGGAGAGAAGUUUGUACCUACCGAGGCCAACAUAUCGGAGGGUAAGACUACGGCGCCAAACUACUUAACAGAACCGGAACUUAUCGGUUUGAUGGAUGCGAAUGGUAUCGGUACCGACGCAACCAUGGCAGAGCAUAUUGCUAAAGUUAAAGAACGUGAAUACGUUGUUACACACAAGCGAGGGAGUGGCCGUACUUCGGUUGAAGAGCUUAUUCCGACUCGGCUUGGCGUCGCUCUUGUUGAGGGAUACGAUAAUGUUGUUGCAGGUCUUCCAAACAGUAUCUCACUCAGUAAGCCAUUCCUGCGCAAAGAGAUGGAGUUGCGGAUGCUUGAGGUCUGUGCUGGCACGAAGACCAAGCAGGAAAUCGUGCAGCAGAGUCUCGAUAUGUACCGCGAGGUCUUCAUUCAUACCCAAAGACGUAUUGAGAUGUUGAAGGCUGCUUGUCGAAAGUAUCUUGUCGAUUAA